GAAUACAAAGCCGCCGUCGUUUACUUCUAACCUUUCGCUACACCCUAGCCGACACCGUAUUGCACGACAUUACAAGGUAACAACACCCUAAGUGCCUAAUUGUACUCACCGGAGAAUCUUUUAGCACAACAGUUCCCGGCAAAUUCGUCUAUUAUUUUCUCACCUACUUUCCCGAGAAAGUGGCGACCCAGCGAACCCACCACGUAGGCAUAAAUGUGGUGGAGAUCAGCCUCGUUCAUUCUCGACAAGCAGGACCAAGAACGAAACGACUCCGCAUCGGCCUUGAAACCCGAGUCCCUCACUCUCUCCCCGCCACCAGAGUCCUCAUCCAUGGCCGACCCCUCGCAAAGCCCUAACCCUAAGAUCUCAGCCUACUACCAGACCCGGGCGGCCCACCACGGUAUCGUCACAAGCGACUGGCUGGCCCAGGCUCAAGCCGCCGUCGGCCAGAACCCCGACGAACAAGGUCCAAUCGUCGGCGAGGUUGAAGCCAAGCCCGGUUCUGCUUCCGGCAAGCCCUUCAGCGUCAUCGAGGAGUUCAAUAACUGGAGAAAGCAGCCCGAUUUGGCCGAGGCCGUGGCGGCGAUUCGGGCCUUGGCGUCUGUGAUUCGGUCCAGUGAGGCCACCACGAUGAUGGAGCUCGAAAUUGAGCUCAAGAAGGCCUCUGACUCUCUUAAAUCAUGGGACACGACCUCCAUUUCUUUGACUGCUGGAUGUGACCUGUUUAUGCGAUAUGUUACUCGAACUUCGGCUUUAGAGUAUGAAGAUUUCAACUCAGCCAAGUCUCGUUUGAUUGAACGUGCAGAGAAGUUUGGGGAGAUAUCUACUAAGGCCCGCAGAAUCAUAGCUGUGCUUAGUCAAGACUUUAUAUUUGAUGGUUGCACCAUCUUGGUUCACGGUUUCUCCAGAGUUGUUCUAGAAGUACUGAAGAGCGCGGCCAAGAGCAAUAAACUCUUUCGAGUUUUCUGCACAGAGGGAAGACCAGACAGAACAGGCUUACUUUUAUCAAAUGAGUUGGCCAAGCUUGAUGUUCCUGUGAAGCUCCUAAUAGACUCUGCAGUGGCAUAUACCAUGGAUGAGGUUGACAUGGUAUUUGUUGGGGCAGAUGGAGUGGUUGAAAGUGGAGGUAUUAUCAAUAUGAUGGGAACAUUUCAAAUUGCCUUGGUGGCACACAGCAUGAACAAACCGGUUUAUGUGGCUGCUGAAAGCUACAAGUUUGCUCGCCUCUAUCCAUUGGACCAGAAAGACAUGGCCCCUGCAUUACGCCCCAUAGAUUUUGGGGUACCCAUUCCAUCCAAGGUUGAAGUUGAAAGGUCUGCUCGUGAUUAUACGCCUCCGCAAUAUCUUACUCUGCUCUUCACAGAUCUGGGCGUACUAACUCCGUCAGUGGUCAGCGAUGAGCUUAUUCAGCUAUACUUGUAACCAUUCAUGAAUGUGGAUAUUUUCCCAGAUAAAGCCUCUUCUUAACUCGUUCCCCCCAACCUAAAAAUAUGAUAGUCUUCAUGUGAAGGGGAAGAAUUUUGUUUUUAAGGCACGAAUGGCGAAGGGUCAAUUUUGUUACAUUUGUACCAUUAAAUGCGAAUAUACCUUGGCAUGCAUGUAUGCAAUUCUGGUUUUGUUGUGUCCUUC